GGAGGCCGCGGCGGUCGAGCGCCGGGAGGGAGGGGAGAGCGGGUCACGACGCUGUUGGGGCGGGGAUAACCCCUCACGUGGAGCAGAUGAAAGGGCCGCGGCGCGACGGCCGGGGGAGCGGAGCCGAGCCUGCGACCCACAAAGCCGCUGCUGCCGCCGCCGCCGCCGCCGCCGCCGCGAUGGGGCUGUGAGGCGUCCGCCCGCACUCGGUCCUCCGCCGGCCCGCGACUAUGCCCGGCCGCGCCCGCCCUCCGCGCCCUCCUGCCGCAGGACCAUGAGGCCACGCUCGGGCGGGCGCCCAGGGGCCCCGGGCCGCCGUCGCCGCCGCCGCCCCCGCGGCCCCCGCAGCCCCUGCAGCCCCUGCAGCCACCGCCUGCCGCCGCCUCCGCCGCUGCCGCUGCUGCUCGGGCUGCUGCUGGCGGCCGCGGGGCCCGGCGCGGCGCGGGCCAAGGAGACGGCGUUCGUGGAGGUGGUGCUGUUCGAGUCGAGCCCGAGCGGAGACUACACCACCUACACCACCGGCCUCACGGGCCGCUUCUCGCGGGCCGGAGCCACGCUCAGCGCGGAGGGCGAGAUCGUGCAGAUGCACCCACUGGGCCUGUGUAAUAACAAUGACGAAGAGGACUUGUAUGAGUAUGGCUGGGUAGGAGUGGUGAAGCUGGAACAGCCAGAAUUGGACCCCAAACCAUGCCUCACUGUCCUGGGCAAGGCCAAGCGAGCAGUGCAGCGGGGAGCCACUGCAGUCAUCUUCGAUGUGUCUGAAAACCCAGAAGCUAUCGACCAGCUAAACCAGGGCUCGGAAGACCCGCUCAAAAGGCCAGUGGUGUAUGUGAAGGGCGCAGACGCCAUCAAGCUGAUGAACAUCGUCAACAAGCAGAAAGUGGCUCGAGCAAGGAUCCAGCACCGUCCCCCUCGACAACCCACGGAAUACUUCGACAUGGGGAUUUUCCUGGCUUUCUUUGUCGUGGUCUCCUUGGUCUGCCUCAUCCUCCUUGUCAAAAUCAAGCUGAAACAGCGACGCAGUCAGAAUUCCAUGAACAGGCUGGCUGUGCAGGCUCUGGAGAAGAUGGAGACCAGAAAGUUCAACUCCAAGAACAAGGGGCGCCGGGAGGGGAGCUGUGGGGCCCUGGACACACUCAGCAGCAGCUCCACGUCCGACUGUGCCAUCUGCCUUGAGAAGUACAUCGACGGAGAGGAGCUGCGGGUUAUCCCCUGUGCUCACCGCUUUCACAGGAAGUGCGUUGACCCUUGGCUGCUGCAGCACCACACCUGCCCCCACUGUCGGCACAACAUCAUAGAACAAAAGGGAAACCCAGGCACCGUGUGCGUGGAAACCAGCAACCUCGCACGCAGCCGGCAGCAGAGGGUGAUCCUGCCGGUGCACUACCCCGGCCGCGUGCACAGGACCAACGCCGUCCCAGCCUACCCUACGAGGACGAGCAUGGACUCCCACGGGAACCCUGUCACCCUGCUGACCAUGGACCGGCAUGGGGAGCAGAGCCUCUACUCACCACAGACCCCCACCUACAUCCGAGGCUACCCACCCCUCCACCAGGACCAUACCCUGGCCCCUCACCGCUGUGGCCUGGAGCACCGGGCCUACUCACCAGCCCACCCUUUCCGCAGGCCCAAGUUCAGUGGCCGCAGCUUCUCCAAGGCAGCUUGCUUCUCCCAGUAUGAGACCAUGUACCAACACUACUACUUCCAGGGCCUCAGCUACCCCGAGCAGGAGGGUCAGGCCCCACCCAGCCUCGUUCCCAGGGGCCCGGCCCGUGCCUUUCCCCCAAGUGGCAGUAGCAGUCUGCUCUUCCCCACCUCGGUGCACAUGGCCCCACCCUCCCACCUGGAGAGUGGCAGCACGUCCAGCUUCAGCUGCUACCAUGGCCACCGUUCGGUGUGCAGUGGCUACCUGGCAGACUGCCCGGGCAGCGACAGCAGCAGCAGCAGCAGCUCCGGCCAGUGCCACUGCUCUUCCAGCGACUCGGUGGUGGACUGCACUGAGGUCAGCAACCAGGGCGUGUAUGGGAGCUGCUCCACCUUCCGCAGCUCCCUCAGCAGCGACUACGACCCCUUCAUCUACCGCAGCCGGAGCCCCUGUCGCACCAGUGACGUGGGGAGCUCGGGCGGCUCAGGCCGGGGGCCUGUCGUGCACCUCGAGGGCUCCCCGCCACCCGAGGAGCUCCCGGCAGCCCACAGUCAAGGUGCUGGGCGGGGAGAGCCUUGGCCGGGCCCUGCCUCUUCCUCGGGGGACCAGCUGUCCACCUGCAGCCUGGAGAUGAACUAUAGCAGCAACUCCUCCCUGGAGCACAGGGGGCCCAACAGCUCUACCUCAGACGUGGGGCUCGAGGCUUCUGGGGCCGCCCCAGACCUCAGGAGGACCUGGAAGGGGGGCCAUGAGGGGCCAUCAUGUGCCUGCUGCUGCGAGCCCCAGCCCUCCGCACUGGAGCCCAGCAUGGGAGCGGCCCAGGGCAGCACCUUGUUCCUGGGCCCUCCGCUCUGUGAGGGCUGCGGCCCCGCAGGCUUGGAGUCCCUGCCAGGGAGCUCCCAGGGCCUGUACCGCCUUCACCCAGACCAUUUGCCCAGGACAGAUGGGGUGAAAUAUGAGGGCCUGCCCUGCUGCUUCUAUGAAGAGAAGCAGGUGGCCCAUGGCGGCAGAGGGGGCGGCGGCUGCUACACUGAGGACUGCUCAGUGAGCGUGCAGUACACGCUUGCCCAGGAGUCCCCGCCCAGCUGCCACCCUGGGACCCGGGACUUGAGCCAGCGCAUCCCCAUCAUUCCGGAGGAUGUGGACUGUGACUUGGGCCUGCCCUCGGAUUGCCAAGGGACCCACAGCCUCAGCCCCUGGGGUGGGACGCUGGGCCCCGAUGCCCUAAAGCCCCACAGGGGCCUGGGAGGAGCCCAGGAAGAAGAGCGGGCCCUGUGCCGCCAGCCCAGGGCGCCACUGCUUCCUGGCUGCCCUCAGGAGGAGGCGGGGCCUGCCAGGGCCAGCUUCCACGGUGCCUCCCAGGACACUCAGGAGUCCAGUGCCACAGCCACUGAGGCUGCAGGACCGAGAUCUCGGCCAGCAGCCAGCGGGGGCACAGGAGCCUGAGCCCAGAAAGAACUCUGUGGAAACAGGAACUGUACAGAGACUCCAAACUCUGACUGCCUUCAGAAAAAAGAAAGAAAAAGAAAAAUUUUUUUAGCUUUGACAAACACACAAAAGUGGUAAUAAAGAGAGCCCUCCUUCUCAACCCAAAAUGUGAGCCCCCUGGGGCAACCCCCCAUCCCAUUAACAAACCAACAGACAAAAUUCUCUCUGAGUCUUUGCCUUUUUUGAUAACAUGUUAUUCUUCUGUUUUGUAAAGUGUGUAUGUGCUUGGGGUUCCGAGGUGUGUGGGAUUGAGUUCUCGGCUUUGUUUUUUAAGAUAUUAUAUGUAAAUGUAAAAAGUUAUUUAAAUAUAUAUUUUAAAGAACCCUAACUGCCAACUUUUGCUGAAAAAAAGAAAUCACUGCUGCAUUAAUUGAACCACAUCAUGUGUAGAUACUGUUGUCUCCCUGGAGGGAGCUCAGGCCUUUGAAAAGCUCAGGGCUACACCUGCCUUAGAAAAUGAACCAGAAACUUGAAGUAAAGCUAGUCGAUAUGGGUACAAACUCUGAGGAACAAUGCAAUGCUGCCUCUUUCUCAUGGCCGAUCCCAACGUACAAAAUUUCAGGUCUUCUCAGAAGCCAUGCUUCUCCAGCCCACACCUGUGGGCAGCUGACGGACACAGCUAGGAAUAGGGUAGGAGGCCUCCAGCACCGGGGAGCUGGGGACAAGCGAUUGCUUCGGAAGUCUCUGGGUGACAGGGACAGUUCUGCCCAGUGUCCUCAGUCUGGUCCCUGGAAUCGUCCUAAGGCAAAGGAGAGGGUUCCCAGUCAUGAUCGUGGGCUUCCUGCCACAGGCUGCAGAAGUGGUCCGAUGGGGUGGAUGGGGACAGACACUCAGGAGGAAUGCAGUUUGCAGCUUUGGUGUUGGAGGGACUGGGGGCCGAGGGCGCGCUGGAGCUGCUGCAUCCUCGAGCUGCCUUCCUGGGGGCACGUGGCCAGGACCCAUCGGGUCGGCACCGAGCUCCCUUUGAACGAUACAUUUCCGGUCCCAUUUCCCACGGAAGCACUGCUUCAGGGGUCUUCGGCGCUCCGCUCCCGCUGAAGUUGCUCAUCUCGCCCGCGCACGUCUACUAUCCCUUGUUCCUAAUGCACUAUUACGUGUUGAUUCUCCAUGAGACAGAGGGAGACUAUCAGAUAGUUUAGACCCAGAGGGCAAGUUUUUGUAUAUGUUUCCAGCCUUUGGUGGGGGUUUUUUUUUAUUUUUUGUUUUGUUUUUGAGAGAGGGAGAGUUUAAAAACCCAAACCAUUUUUUAAAGAUGUUUCCAUUGUAAAAGGGAGAAUCUAUUUAAAGGUAUUUCAGAUCAGGGAUUGCCAUCCUUUCUGUCCGAUGUAUUUCUUGUUCUCAAAGAAGAAACUAAACACAUUAGCCCCAUGUUUACUAACUCUUCCGGUCGUUUCUGUCCAUUCAGAUAAUGUGGCGCCACCUGAAAAGCUCCUCUUUGUGAAACAGGAGCCUUGGGAGCUGGUCCCCUGUAGGUGGCGAGAUAGAGACCGCCCCAGGUUGCCAGGAGACUGUACUCACUCUUCUCCAGUCAGGCUCCAGGGUAGUCAGCCCAGGGUCCAGACCGGAACUUUGUGAAUGAGACUCUCACUGUAUCGGAAUUCUUUUUUCUUAAAAAACCGCAGCCUGUGAUGAGGAAAUUGAGUCAACUCUAGCCAGGAUUUGACAGAAGGAAAUUCCAGUGUCAGAUGAUUGAGCCAUUUGCCAUUUAGGAACUCACCCACUCGCCAUUUGGUAAGAUUUGCCCUCCAGCCUCGAAGGCGCAGUCCCUGGGGGGUUGCUCCCCCAGGGCCCGUGCCCAGCACACCUGUUGGCGAGGGUGUGAGAAGCGCCUACGCUGUCGACAUGUGAUCUGGGCUGCCUUUAUUUCUCGGACCAGAUCUAAGUAGCAGCUGCUAAGGACGACAGCUUGCAUUACGUAGUUUUGGGGAAGGGGGGUCGGGGGUAUGGCUUUUAACAUGAACUGCAAAAAGUGGCUUCUCAUUGUUGAGAUUUUUUUUGUUUGUGGUUUUUGUUUGUUUUUAAUACCUUUGAUUGCAUAUUACCUUCCUUCCCUGAAACCAUCCCCCUGACGUAGCUUUCCUUAGCCCUACCUGGAAAACCACUCCUCAGCCGCCUUAAUGAAUCAAUGAGUAGAGAAUGUGGCUUCGACUGGGCUUAUUAAAAUGAAUGUGUCCAAUCUUCACUUGAAAGAGCAAUAACUACAGAUGGCAAAAGAAGCACAUUUUAAUAUUGGUAGUUUACAGGGUGAUAGCAACAGAAAAAUGAAAAGUCAAAACUUUAACCAUCAGCCACUGUCUUUAAUUUGUGGCUGACUGACUUAUCCGACAGGGAGGUCCCCAGGAUACAGUAAGCAACUCUACUAUCGCCUCACCAUUGAAAUCGAAAGAAACACCUUCUGUGGAGUUGUAAGACUGCAAGGAUGACACGUACCUUUUUUAGGGACCUCUCAGAGCUCUGUGGGGCUUAUAUAGCUGUGGAAACUGGGAGCAUCACAUUUUCCGUGGAGAAUCCCCACCCCCAGCCCAGAGUAGGACUAUUGGGUGUGGUUCACAGCCUAGCCCUCUCCGGGGACAGCAAGCAAACUAAAGAGCGCUCGAACCAGGUCACGUGGCGGGGAGGGGAAUUCUUCCUCUUUGGUACCUCUCUGGAGACACAGCCCCAGGAUGCUGGCUUUAACUCGGCCCCUUCCCCCGACCCCACCCCCACCCCCCUGCAACCCAGGCCCUUCUCUAAAGCCCCAUCUGGUGCCCCACUGCUCAGACGCUCCCUUUUGUGCUGCUAGUUUCUACUCAAGUUCGUGCAGGACGAAUGCUUUGAAAAGGAGGUCUAAAAAAUAAUUACUAAUCAAGAGUAUUAUUUUUUAAGCAGAACUGCCUUUUUCUAUUCUUUAUAUAAACUAUUGUGUUGGUCUAACAAGGCACUAUUUUAAAAUGUUUUUUAAAAUUUUCUCCCAGAGCACUUAAAAGAUAUUUUGUAAAGACUUUGCUGUAAAGAUUUUGUAAGAAAAUGGUCUAAGGGCUCCUUCUCCAACAUUACCAUUUAAAAAAAAAUGUUUUAAAGGCUAGAAAACAACUUAUGUAUAUUCUGUAUAUGUAUAGCAGCACAUUUCAUUUAUGGAAAUAUGUUCUCAGAAUAUUUAUUUACUAAUAUAUUUAUCUUAAGCCAUGUCUUAUGUUGAAAGUGUGACAUUGUUGGAAUAAUCAUUGAAAAUGACUAACAUGAGGCCCUGUAAAUACAUGAUAAUUGCACACAGAUUUUACAUUUUUGCCGACCAAAAAAAAAA